AUGAGUCGUUACGAUGAUUUUCGCAUUGCUUUCAAUGUCGAAAUGUCCAAUGAAGAGAUCGAUGCCGCUCUGACGGCAAAUGGCUUAAUUGCCCUUCACCACGCCCUCAGUUCUUCCUCUGGCUAUCACAGCAAUGACUCUUCACAUCGGCCCAGCUCUGAAGCGCACAGACGAUUUACCAGAAGACUUACCCCGACAGAGCAUACAACACCUCGGACCAUUCCUAACCUACGCCAAAGUCCAGAACUGGAGAUGAAUGAGAUAUCUCCGCGUCAGACAUACUUUCAUAAUGAUCGCCCCUAUUAUGACGUCUACCCCGGCCCUACCAAUACAAUACAUAGAGCAGAGAAUAUUAUAGGUGAAAGUCAUCUAUAUCCCCAUGAUCCUCUAUUCAUCGAAAGUCCUCCGGAAAGACGACCAUCUAUACAGCGAGAGUUGAUGCUCAGAGAGCUCUCCCUUGCGUUACAAACUGAAACCCACCGAAGAGACAGGCCAUCGGAAAAGGUCGUAACGCGGCAUAGCUUAGCACUUAUUUGGAGUGAAUCUCGCCUAGAGAGAUUCAUAGACCUCGUAAGGCCCGGAUUCGAUAAUACCUGGAUGCAUAACAUUCGGGAAGAGUGGCUGCAGACACUAUCUAUACUAGUGGAUAUUGGCUGGCAGGAUUGGGGGAGGUUUGGAGACAUUUUUCUCAAACAUCGCGACGAACAUGGCAAAUGGGACCGCUCAGAUCGAAUGAUCCCAACGUAUACACUGGCGAUUCUGGAGGAUGAUUCAUUCUUGGGGUCCCCGUGGGCUGAAAAGUUCCAAGCGAGCCAAUAUACUUUCUGUCCGAUUGACAUUGAGGAGGGUAAAAGUCUGACAUUUUCGAAAGAGUGGAAGCUCCCCUUUGUGAACGACAUAUCGACAAGUAUUGGGAACGGUGCAUAUGGCAGGGUCACCAAGGAGAUCAUCGGAAGUGGACAUUUUCGAUCCCAAUCCGAACACCACCUGCCGGGAGCGCCUUACAGCAAAGAUAUCGCGGUCGCUUUGAAACAGUUUGAAGGUAGGGGUGACUUCCACUCCGAAACCAACAACCUCGAUGUACUUCGCUCAAGUCUCUCCAAGCAUGAUCGCAUCGUCCCUUUCUUAGCCACCGUGACAAUCGGCAAUUCGUUCAAUAUUCUUUCUCCCUUGGCAGACAUGGAUCUAGAUGUCUUCCUUCGCGAGGGGCAUCAAAGGUGCCCAGACUUCACAUUACGUGACCUGAUGCAAGAGGCCGCGCAUCUCGCUGGGGCUCUGGCCUUCUUACAUCAAGGAUUGGACAGCAAUCCACCAGGCCUUAGCUGCUGUCACAUGGACCUUAAGCCAGGAAAUAUACUUGUGUUUCAUGGAGACGCCCUGGACUUUCCAAAAGUGGGAAAGUGGAAGAUCUCUGAUUUUGGAAUCUCGAUUAUGUCUAGACCUGAGAGAACCGGCACGACUGUUACGGAAUUUGUGGAUUCAUUCACCCAGCGACAGAGGUUAUCACCGCCUCCUGGUCCAUAUCAAUCACCAGAUGGUGCAGGGCAUGGUCUUAAGAGUGACAUCUGGUCCUUAGGGUGUAUUUUGACCCGAAUCCUCGCUCUCGGCUUAGAAGGGGCAGAUGGAAUGAUGCAUCUUGACCAACUAAGGGGUACCGAUGGGGAUGGAGCAUCCCCUUAUGAGAAUGACUAUUUCCACCGUGGCUCGCCUCCUGUGCUGAAUCCCCACGUCCAGUCAUGGCUUUCUGGGUUAACCAGCGGUCGUUAUAAUUACAACCAGGAGUUUCUGACAAGAUGUCAGUCUUUGAUUGUUUCUAUGCUUGCCAUCAGCCACGAUGACAGACCGAGCGCUAGGAAUGUUCAAGAGGAAUUGCAUAACUUGGUUGAAAUUGCUCAACCAAUUGUUCUUCGCACACCCAGUAUAAACACCAGUGUGGGUGGGUCGGCGUCAGUCGGCAGCGGGUCAGACAACAUAAGGGUCAACAGCAGGGACAUCCAGCCAGGAAAUGAACGACUUCUGUCGGAAGUCAUUAACCUGUGGAAUGGGGAUGUCAAUAUUGAGGGGAUUUGGGACGGCAAUGAUAGGCUACUCAUAUAUCUUAUUCGGUUGGACUACGCAACGGCCCUCGAGGUGCUCUUGGCUCGCCACCCGGGCCUCGACCUUGAGACCCCAGAUUCCAAAGGAGACACGCCUCUCAAAAUAGCCGCCGCUGCGGGUAAGCGUCACAUCGUUGAGAUGCUCCUCAAUGCCGGUGCGAACAUUGACGCCCCGUCCAGAAGGGGUGGUACUCCACUCAUGCCAGCAUGCAGGCACGGCCAUGUCUCAACCGUCCGACUUCUUCUAGACCGUGGAGCGGACUGCUCAAGCCAUUGCGAGGAUGGCUACACAUGCUUGCACUAUGCUAUUUACAGUGAUAAUGGGGCGAACAUAAUCCAACUUCUCAAUGGAAAGGUUUCCUUUAAUAUCCGCCGUUCCCGCACCGAUGAAACUCCUCUGCUCUCAUUGAUUGUACGGUAUGAUGGCACAGAGUCUUGGUGGGAUAAGUUCGGGAGACUUUUACAAGGGUCCGCAGACAUCAAUAUGGCCGAUAUACACCGUUUCACACCUCUGUCACGUGCUGUAGAGCAAGGUCACUCACAAUUGGCAGCCAUACUCCUAAGCCAGGGAGCAAAUUACCGAGAUAACCCUUUCGUUCCUGUUCCUGUUCCUGUUUCUGUCUUUUCUCUCUAUCUGUUUCAUUAUUUCUCAGUUCUUAUCAUUGCAUUUCUUCUUCUUCUUCUUCUUCUUCUUCUUCUUCUUCUUCUUCGACUUAUCCGCCUCUUUCUCGUUUCCCUAGGUGUAUCUUUUUUCUUUCUAUUUCUAUAUCUGGGGAAGAUGGUUAGAUUCUGCUGUGAGGAAAAGCGGGUUGCUUGUAUCAAGGAGUAA